CAAACUUCCAAGCAAACCAGUGGGCUCAAGGUUUCUAUACCUUUCUCUAUCUUUCUCUUCUUCACUCAGAUUCUUUCCUAUAAGCUUGCCUCUCUCUGUUUAUUGUUUUCAUCUCUCUCUCAAUUCUCUUAUCAUAUUCUUGCUUGUAUCUCUCUCAACUCUCUUAUUUGAUUCUUUGAUCAUGAUACUAAGCAAGAGACCUCAUCUAAUGAUCCGAAAACUGUCGGAGAUGCUAGUUCCAAGAAGCCGGUCUGCUAUUAAACCAGAAGACUAUUCGGCGAGUCCGAGAAGUCCGUUAGAUUUGAAGUUCCCGUCGCCAGUUAACUCGAACCGUUACGGUUCCGGUGGUGUCGGUUUGGGUAUCGUGGCUGCGUUGGAGGAAAGUAACACUGGGAUUAACCGGUACGAUCCGGUUUGUUUCUCCGGGAGAUUCCGAUGCCCUGAGAUUGAUCUGUCGGAAGAGGAAUACACUUGCGUGACGAGCCGUGAUGGGCCGACCAGAGUGUAUUAUAACGAAGAAGGGUUUGAAUUGGUUGAAAAUGGGUCGGAGUUCGAUGAUCGGAGAAGGCAGAAACCGAUGGUUGAACCACCGGUUACUAAGAGACAGAUUCGUAGGGAACCGACAGAGUUCCUGAGCUCGUGUUGCUUGUGUAAGAAGAGACUUCAAGGCAAAGACAUUUACAUGUACAAAGGAGAGAUGGGAUUCUGCAGUGCAGAGUGUAGAUCAGUGCAGAUAAUGAACGACGAGCGAAAUGAGCAAUCUAAACCGCAAGUUCAGAGAAAAGUCGACGUUUUGAGUUCUCCUUAUGCCGCCGGCGAACAGGCUUUUGUUGGAACUCGUUUUUGACAAAGGGGUGUGGACCAUUUUUCCGAUGGGAUUUUCGACGGAGACGUCUGUCGGAAAGACCGGAACUUGGGCACGAUGUAAUCGUCACUGUGAACACUAUGAGUUAGUGUAUUUGUUGGUCAAAAUCAGAGUUGUGUUGAAUGAGAAAUGGAGGUCCAAAGUGAGUGUUAUGCAAAGUUUAUAAAGCUUUAAAUUUAGCUAAGUAUAAAAUAUUUAGCAAAUGGAUCACUUUGAAUAUUUGGGUUUGAAUUUGAAAUUGAUUUUGUUAGUUGGACAAUAUGUCUAUUAACUUAAUAUUCAAAUUUUAUUUGUGAUAAUC